AUGAAUAACGAGUUGCCCCCUGCUCACGAGUUCAGCUUUCGGGGGAUCAUGGCGGCCAUUGAAGAGGACAUAGAAGAAGACAUUAAUGCAAUAUCUGAGAUAUUCGGGAGGAGCAGGCUAGUGCUGGCAGAUCAGCAUGACAGCCACUUGCCUCCCCAGGGCGAGAUCAGGGCAAUGAGCAGUCCUUUACAGGCCGUGGCCGAGGCGAGCGCAAGCAACGAACGCCUGGCCGCCGCCGCCGACGAUGUCAUUAUCGUCCGAGAAGAUGCCAGUCUCAUCGAGGGAAGUCACACUGGCUCCGCCGCAUACGGCUUGCUUGAGAGGCUACAAGCUGUCCCGCGCACGAGGCGCAUGCGGAGCGAAACCCCGGGAGCAGGUCCCUCAAGGCCAGGAACAGGCUCGAUUCGUCAUACUUCGGCACCGGCGAUUCUAUCGGAGGUGGCACCAGUCAUUGAAGACCAUGGGCGGCUUGCGCACCCUGAGCUCUCACGCGCGUCGCGCCGUUUGCUUCAGAGCUCUGCAGCGGAACAUGAAGUCGAAGAAAUGCCUUCCCGGGCGACGAAUGCGGUUGUAUCAGAGACAUACCUGUCUGCUGGGGCGAAUGCAGUUACCGUCUCUGAUCCGCCCGUAGUGUCAGAAGGAGGCCGCCACUAUCCACUCUACAGUUUUGACGACAGUGGGCUUUUCGAGGGGCCUGCUACUCCCUGUCCACCUCCGCCCACCAGCCUCCGGGAAAGAUUGCAACUGUUGAUUCCUAGAAUGGAAUUACACAGUUUCGUCCCUUGGGUUCAUGGGCAACCCAACCGGGCGGUAAGCGCAGAGUCCCAACUUCGAGACAUCCUCGCCAGGAACCAACGCGCACGGGACUCGCGAAGGAAUCCGGUCGUUACCACAGAGAGCCCGGAACUUUACGAAUAG